AUACCGUACGAACACUGCCUCGUUUGCUGCAUGUGGAUCGCCUUAGCAGCCUUAGCCACUGUCGGGGCCCAAGUGGUCCCCCAAAAUGCUCACUGUGUCGUCUACACAGACAGCUGCGGACAGUUACUGGACACCCUCCCGGUGUGCCAAGAUUUUAAUCGACAAGUGUGCAACCGUCCCGCCUGCAAGUUUAUUCAUCUCAGUGACGGAAACGUGGAGGUGAUCGAGAACCGCGUAACGGUGUGCAGGGACGCAGUGAAGGGCGCGUGCAUGCGACCCCAGUGUAAAUAUUACCACAUACCGAUCGCGUUGCCGCCGGCACCUUUGAUGGCGAUCGCAUCGUCCGCCUCGCCAUAGGGUUGCUCUCGAAGAGGACUCGAUAAAGCUUGCGCGAGCAUGCAUGGAUAUGCACGUCGAGGAUCGUGACGUCUACAGGGUGGUUGACGACGGCGAACAAUGGAAGCGGAAAGAAAGAGGAGACGCGCUGAGUGAGGAACGUCGUCGUUCAUGCCGUCGAUUCGAUUUACUUUCUCAACAGCACGUCUCGAUAUUCCCCUUCGCGACACACUCCUCUAUAUACGACGUAUAUACGUUCGUAAUGCACGCGCACGAAAGUGCGAGUUCGGGCGCACGACAGAGCAAGGGAGAAGAAGGUAGGGCGUCGAGGCGAAAUUUCUGUCGCGUGAAAGUCGAAAAUGUCGCGGAGAAGGAAGAAAAUGUAUAGGUCCGGAAUGAGUUCCUUUUUCGUUUAUCGGAGAGAGAUUGUAGCGCGAAGAGGGAAGAGCGAAACCGGGGAAAGAUUCGAUACAGGUGAUCGUGGAGGCUGGAAAAAUCGAACGGCAAUCCGACAAAUCGUCGCGAGAGGAGAGCUACCAGUCAAGAAUCAUCGAAAUGUUUCUAUGCAGAGUGAGCUAGUAACGAAAGUCUUCCUUUGAAUCUUUUUUUUCUCAUUCGAUUUCUAUUUGGCUUCCCAUGAAUCGUCGUGCAAAUUUCGAGAGCUUGUCGUAAAUAUAAUAAUAAUUUGGAAAAGAAAAAUAGGAUUUCACAACUUCCACGAUCCCCUUUUUCUCAUUUAACUCGUUCGUAUAGAAUCUAAGUUUGUCGGAUCAAAGUCUCGACGGCAAAGAACAACGACAAUAUUUUGUCUCGACAGGUAAGCGUUCUCGAACUCAAAUACAUCUUGAAGUCUAUUCUUCUUUCGACCAAGCGAGUUAACGAACAAUGAUACGCGCGCGAUUCAACGUUCGAGUUUCUACAAAUUCCUCGUUGAUGCGGCAAAGUCAUAUGUCAGAUUCUUUUCCCGGUUUUCGUUGAUAGUGGUUGAUGAAUAGUGGUUUUCUCGAAAGCAAUGAAAUAAAGAGCACCAAUUAAAGAGAGAGAAAGAAAGAAGUAAAGUUUUUAUUCUUGACUGUGGACUUUUGUUUUCACAUGUUAUAUCGAUAUUUUGAACACAAUUAAUUUUACUUCACGAAUUUUGGAAGAACGAAAUACAUGCAUAUAUAAGACACAUGACCUUUUUCUUUUUUUUACCAUGGAAUAAAGUAAUUGCUGGAAGUGAGAAUUGUCAAAAUUGACUUUUGUAUUUCUAUUCAGCCAUGCAUAUUCGAGAAAGCUACGUUUCUAUAUGUUCAGAAUUUUCCUUCUUUUCCGGACCUGCCGUGUGUCUUCACUCGCUGUGCAUGCGUCAUGUCACAUGCAAUGCACGUUCGCGCAACGCAAGGCAUGCUCGUAAGAGAGAAUUCGUGGUAGAGAAAGAGAGAACGUCUCGAGAAAAAAUAUUGUAUAUCCGCGUCAGAUUCCGGCGUGAGAGAAAUCGUAAUUGUAUCGCAUAAGUAGACUAGCUAGGGGCUGCGACUCAACGCGAUAAAAAAAAAACGAAUAGAUGCUGAUCUUGAAGAAAGCGAGGGGUAUGCGAAAUAUAAAAUAUAACGACGAUAAAUAUCAUCGAGACAAUGCGAGAGAGAAAUAAUUUACACGAGAUAUGAGAUAUAAGACGCGGUGAGGGCGCGCAUACGCGCAUAUAACGAAGUUUUUUAUACUCGUAUAUAACAAAUCUCAAUUAUAUUUUGUUUUUAUGAUAAUAAUGUAAACACGUGUGUGUAUAUACAUACGAAGAGAGAUAUGUACAUGUAUAUGUAUGUAUAUGCGAAAGGGGGUGUAACAAUUUCGCGCGAAGGGGAGUGUAAUAAUAGUUAACGGCGGAUUGAUUGGCGAUGAUUAGGCGAGCGAUGCGAAGUAAUGGUCGGAAAUGGAACGUCGGAAUUGUCGGAAACUGCGAAGGGGUUGGUUCUCUCGCGCGGAGAGGAACAGGAAGCCUUAGGAUGUGUUUUACGCCGGCUAGUUGACUUUCACGAUCGUCUUAUUUGGUUCGCGAGAAACGGACAAACGCCGAAAAUCGCACAUUCUCUAUAGGCGGGUAUAACACUAAUUAAUUACUACACUACGACAAAUGUAUAUGACAAAUUUAUAUGCGAUAAGAAAUUAUAUUUAAUAACUAAAGGUGUGAAGAGGUACUUCUGGAACAGUUGAGAGUAUGAACGAGAGCGAUCGCGAGAGGAGAUAUUCUUGGCAUGAGCGAGAACCACCGAAGAAAAGAAGAAAAAAAAAAAGAAAAGGCGAAAGAGAGAGAAAGAAAGAGGAAUCGUUUUAUAUCUGCUCUUCGAAACAAACGAAAAACAAAUCGAUCCGCCUAAAUCGCGUGUAUAGGUUUACACGAUCGAUAGGGAAUAAGUUUAUAUACGUUAUUUCAGUCUUCGUAAAUAUUGUUACGUUAAUAUCUUUUUAAUCGAUAAUUAUAUUCCCGUGGUAUAUCGCGCGUGAAGGACCCUCCUCCAUCGGUCGAGUCUUUCGUCAUUAAAUGCAUUCUUCAUGAUAAUUCUUUCGUGCACGCUUAAUUGCACCUUCGAAGCUAUUCUUCAAGUUAUGCUCCACGAUUACGCGUGCACUUUGCAUAUAUAUUCGCGUACUCUUUGCGAAUCUCAUUUCUCUUUUCAUAGUUUAAAAUUUGAACGAUACAUUCUCGCGCGUCCAGAACAGAUGUUCCGAGCAAUAUUUUUUUACAAAGUAUAUAUACAUACGUCGAAAAAGAUAUUAAUAUUAAGGCACGCUUGCGGACCUGAUUUUCUCGUCGAAAAUAUUUCAAAGAGUGAUUGCUCAUUUGAGAGAAUCUGCUUUAAAGAGAGAGAGAGAGAGAGAGAGAAAGAGAGAGAGAGAGAGAGAGAGAGAGAGAGAGAGAGAAACAGUCUUAACUUCGAGUCUGCGAUCAGCAUAAGACUUCCAAUUUCACGACAUAUGCUAACACGUGGCAAUAUAAAUAUUUGAAAGACCUUUUACCGUCCAGGAGAGGCUUACACCAACUUUCCCGACCAACGAUACGAUAUGAUCUAUCGAAUAUAUUCAUACCGAAAUACAUUGCGAAAAUGAAAAAUGCA